AUGUCACUAUGGAGGUCAUUUUACAUUUUCAAUUGGAAAGCCAUUGAUAUAUAUACUCUAUUGAAGGAUUAUGAUAUUGUAAAUAAUGCUUCUCUUGAGGAAAAUUUCAGACAUAGUGAUGUAGAUGUGAUAAACAAUGGGAUUGAAGAUGAGCAUGAACCAAGUUGUCCCCUUAAUGAUUCAGGACAAACAGUUAGAAAUCGAUCUUGUUGUCCUUUACAAGUCAAAGAAUGGAAAGAUAUUCAAAAUGGUUCCAUUGAGCAUAUGUGGAACAUUAUAUUGGAAAAGUUCAAUUUUGAAAUUCCAAGUGGAAGGAAAGAAGCUAUUUAUGAUCAUAUGAAUGCUUUAUAUCGAGAUUAUAGACACAAAAUGAAGAAACAAUAUUUUGAUUCAAAAACAACUUAUCAUAAUAGCCUAAAAAAUAAGCCUAAGCAUGUUACCAUGAAUGAUUGGAAGUAUUUGGUUAAUCUUUGGAGUGAUACAACAUUUCAGGAAAGAAGCAUGAAGAAUAAGAAAAAUAGGGAGAAGCGUUCAAUGCCUCCAUACACAGGAACCAAAAGUUAUGCACGACUAAGACACCAAAUGAAAAAAGAAAAAGGAAAGGUACCUUCUCGUGUUGAAGUUUGGAUUGAAUCUCGAAAAAGAAAGAGAGACAAAGAAAUUGAUCCUUCUUCACAAAAUAUCAUUGUACAAUUUGAUCAUUUGAAGAAACAACAAGAAGAAGGGCAAAUUUCACUAGAUGAUGAGGAAAUCUUUCAAGAAGUACUCGGACCUGAAAAAAAUGGUUAUGUACGAGCAUAUGGCCCGGGUAAAAGUAUAAAAGAUUAUUUUGGUGUUAUACCAUCAAAAGUUGAACUUAUAAAACAAGUGGAAGCAACCAAAAAAGAAGCAAGCGAGCAAGUUGAAAUGGCUAAGAGGGAAGCAAAUGCAAGAGUAGAGGCAAUGGAAAAGCAAAUGGAUGAAAAAAUAGCAAAGAUGAAUAGAGAUUGGGAAGAAAAAAUUAAAAUGUUAUUUCAUUUCCAUGCUCCACAAAUGCAAGAGUAG